AUGCAAUUAGGAUAUAAUGAAAUAAUGAUUGUCUCAAAGUAUUUUGAAGAUAUUAAUGAUUUUAUUAAUUUAGAAAUGGGAGUUAAAAGAUUUAGAGGGAAUAUGGAACGAUUUCAUUUUAAUCCAAUUUCAUUGAAUCAAUAUUCCAGAAAAUUGUUUCCUAAUAUUGAAACAUUUCAUAUUUAUAAUGAAAAAGAUGAAAUAUUUGAAGAUGGAAGAAUAUUUAAACAAAUAAUAUGGUAUAAAGUGAGUUAUUCAAGAUAUUUAGAAGAGAAAAAAGAAGGAAAUAUUUGUAAAAAUAUCGAAUAUACAGAAGAAGAUAGAGAAGAGUAUGGAAAUACAAUACCAAUAGAAGUUACAUCACUCGGAAAUUAUUGUUUUUAUAAAUGUGAUGAUAUUCAAUCAAUUGAAAUACCAACAAAUGUUAGUAAAAUAGGAGAUGGAUGUUUUAUAGGGUGUACAUCAUUAACAACAAUUAAUAUUCCAACAAGUAUUAGUGAAAUAGGAGAUAGAUGUUUUGAAGAAUGUGAAUCAUUAACAUCACUUACUAUAGAAGAUGUAAAAUAUAUAAGUGAAGAAAGAAUAUUUAUGAAUGAACCAGUGUUAAUUAGUAUUAAAAUACCAAAAAAAUUAGAAAUGAUAAAUGGAAAGAAUAUUGAAAAGAAAGAUAUUAAUAAAUUUAUUAUUCCACCAUCAAUCAUUAAAAUAGAAAAUGGAUGUUUUUCUGAAUGUUCAACAUUAAGAACAAUUAAUAUUCCAACAAGUGUUACUUACAUAGGAAAUGGAUGCUUUUCUGAAUGUUCAACAUUAACAUCAAUUAAUAUUCCAACAAAUAUUAAUAAAAUAGGAUAUGGAUGUUUUUAUGAUUGUACAUCGUUAACAUCAAUUAAUAUUCCAUCAACAAUUACAUCAUUUGGAAAUAAAUGUUUUUAUGGAUGUGGAUGUGAAGAAGAAUUAAAGAAGAAUAAAACAAUACCAAAAAAUUGCUUUUAUAUAUAA